AUGAACAAACACGAAGAUCAACGCAUUAUCAUCAAGACGGACGGUGUUGUUCGAACAGCUGGCGACAUCGAAAUUCUUCUUUUGGAGACAGCUGGGCCGUAUAAUCACAUCGACCUGCCCAAACUCUCUUUCGAUAAUAGUAAAGGAAUGUUUGGGCUAUUAUUCAUGCUUAAAACAUUGGCAGAUAAAUAUCACAAUUGUUCCAAGACUGUAUUCAGGGAGUUGAAACUUUAUUUCUUGCAAGCUAGUCGUAAGUAA